AUGAGUUCGCUGCGGGCGUGGCGUAGCUCGGCCGGCGGCGCGCGCUGCGCUGUCUGCCAGAAGGCGUUCAAGAGCCGCGACUCGCUGCGCAACCACCGGGCGCUUCACGAGGGUCGCACCGUGUGCGAACUGUGCGGCCGCGUGUUCAGCACGCUGUCCAACCUCUCCGAGCACCGGCGCAACUUCCACGGCAGCUCGCGGACGUCCCUGGCGCACCACAUGGGCCUGCACCGCGGCGAGACGCGCUGUCCCGUCUGCCAGAGGGUGUUCUCACGCCGCGAACACAUGCGCACCCACCUGCCGUGCGCUCGGGGCGGUGCGGCGGCGGCGGCCGGUGCGGCGCGGCUGCAUGUGUGCCGCACAUGCGGCCGCACCUUCGGCAACCGGUCGUCACUGAGCCACCACCGCACGGUGCACCGCGGCCAGACGACGUGCCACCUGUGCGGCCGCACCCUCUCCCGCAAGGUGGAGCUGCGCCGGCACAUGCGCGUCAUGCAUGGCUUUCUGUGCCGCGAACCGGGCUGCGACCGUCGCUUCACCAGCCGGCCGCGGCUGAGCGACCACGGCGCCUGGCACCGCGGCGAGACCCGCUGCAAUCUCUGUAGCCGCGUGCUCACCAGCAAGCACAACCUGCACAAGCACCUGCUGAUGGUGCACAGCGUGGUGGUGCCCAAGCGGCCGCGCGGGCCGUGGCCGUCGCCGCCGGUCUAG